AUGGGUCGUUUGGCACAGCCAUAUAGUGUGGAGCAAGUAGAGGAGGCCUUGAAAUCCCUUGGCGAAGCCCCAUCCUGGAGCAGGCUGCCAAGAGCGUUGCAUCAGCACAAAUGCGUCAAGUUCAAAGCCUUCGUGAAUGUUUGGGCGACGCGUGGAACAGUGCUAGUGCAAGGUGGCGAGGCUCCAGCAAUAGAACGGGCACUCAAGGAACUGCUAGGAGAAGCAGUAGAUGUUCCAGAGCAGCUGCCAGAUGGCUGUGCUUGGCACCUCUUCGUGGAUGGCUCUUGUCCGGCCAAUAAGCAGGCGGGCAAGAUGCCAACAGCAGCAGGUUGGGGUGUUGCAGUGUAUCAAUCCAGUGAGAGGCUCACUACUUUUGCUGAACUCUACGGGCCGGUCAUCACCGAUGACACUUCUCCGCUGAGCUUGGGUGCAACUUGCGGCUCCAACAAUACAGGGGAAUUGUCUGCUAUGGGCGAGGCUUUGCUGUGGCUUAGAGAUGAAGCACCGGACAAGGGAACCCCAGCUGUUCUGCAUUACGACUCAGAGUAUGCCGCCAACAUUGUGCUAAGUCGCAACAAAGCCCACAAGAACGUUGAGCUUGCCAAGCACUUGCAGGCCCUUUACACGGAAGUGCAGGAACAGCGGCCGCUUUACCUCACUCAUGUGAAGGGCCAUUCCGGGUGCGCUGGCAACGAACGUGCAGAUUUUCUGGCUGCUCAAGGUUCUGAAGGCAAGUUCGGUCUUCAAUCGAAACGGUGGACUGGCCACAUUGAUGCCGCCGAAUUGGCCUGUGUGGCCAACAAGGUCUGUAUGGGCCAAGUAAAGGUUGGAAGAGGACGUCGACCACCCACACCGGCAACAAGCAGAAAAGCCAAACGACCGAAAGUCUCGGAACUUCAGCCGCUUCAGCUGCAGCCGCAGUCCGGUGAGCACGUCCCAUCGGUUCCCGAGCAAGACGCUGCCCAGUGUGCGACGGAACUCACAUCUCAGCUCGAGCCACAGCUCGAGCCAAAGCAAUGCAGAGAAGACGAGCCAGCUCGAGUCAAGAAACAUGUCGGUGUUUUUGCGAACUUGGAGACUCAGCAGGCUACAAUUCCGUUGAUCUUUAUUGAUGACUGA